CAGCGGAUCCCAGGAACUCCUUCCUUAGCAAGUUUCACUAAAGCCGCUAACUACCGUACUGACAAAUCGUUCUUUCCUCACUCGAAAAGCUUCACGUAGCGUGUCAAAAUCCCAUUCGCUGCUAGUCAAAACACUGCCCGUUUUCUUCCAUUGGGUAUAUGGUCAUUGUUUUUGACUACAUAGUUGACGAUCGAAGUCUCCGAGUAAAUAAUAAUUGCUCUCUCAAUCAUCAAUGGAGUCUGGGUUCAGUUACGUUUUAUGAUCUCUCACAUCCUUCUCUCCGUUAAUUUUAUGUUUUAAAGUGGUAAGAACAUAGGGCAUAGAGUGAAUUGAGACCAUGAGUAAGAAGACAAUUCAAGUUAAUGGCUUCCUCUCAAACGUGUCUGCUGCGGAAGUAACGACAUUUUUAGAGGGAUAUACCGGCAAAGCUACCGUCUUUGCCCUCAAGAUUAGGCAGCAGAGGAACGGUGCAAAAGCAUAUGCUAUCGUGCAAUUCAACGAAAGCUCCGAUGCAGAGCGAAUUAUUAGGUUGGCUAAUCACGGACUUUACUACCGGAGUUCGUAUCUUAAGGCUCGACAAAUGGAGAAGGACAUCGUGCAGAAGCCGAGAACCUUUUUGCACACGAUGGAGCUCAUUACGGUGCAUUUCGGCUGUCAGGUCUCGGAUGAAAAAUUUUAUGAUCUCUGGAACUCUGAUGAUGUUACUGUGAAAUUUGGGGCAGGAAUGCGGAAAUUGCUGUUUCUACUCUCACAUUGUGGAUCGGAAUACAAGCUUGAGCUUUUCUAUGAGAACAUCUGGCAGAUCGAGCUGCAUCGUGCUUACAAUCGAACCUCAAAGCAUCUUCUGAUCCAGUUAUUUGGUGCUCCACGGAUAUACGAGAAAGAAGUGCGCAGUUCCGGACUUGUAUUCGAUGAUCCCUUGUUUAACUACUUCAUGGAUGCACCUGAUGAUCAAUGGGUAAGGACAACUGAUUUCACUCGAUCGUAUUGUAUCGGCCAGUCUUCUGCAUUAUGUUUGGAGCUUCCACACAACCUCGAACUUCCGAAUUUUCAGGAGAACUUUGCUUACUACAAAGAAAACGAAGGCAGAUUGGUUUUGGAAAGUGGCUGUUCUUAUUCUUGCAAUCUUACCCUUGUCCCAAGUGUUCGCCCUAGGCUGGGAGUUAACUUGCCAUUUGAAAUAUUGUUCAAGGUUAAUUUGUUGGUGCAAAAUGGGUGCAUCCCGGGACCAGCACUCGAUGAUACUUUUUAUCGACUCGUCGAUCCUUCUAGAAUGGAAAAAGUCUACAUAGACUAUGCACUGGAGAAACUUUAUUAUCGAAAAGAAUGCUGCUAUGAACCUUUGAGGUGGCUCUUUGAGGAGUACCGAGUUUACACCAGAUCGACGAUACAUCCUGUGUCGCCUGCCAUAUCCUUGGACUAUGGUUUGGUAUAUGUAAGAAGGGUUCAGAUAACACCUUCUAGGAUCUACUUCGUUGGCCCUGAGAUUAAUGUUUCUAACCGUGUGUUACGUGAAUUCCGUAACGAUAUUGAUAAUUUUCUGCGCAUCAGUUUUGUCGAUGAAGAGUUGGAUAAGAUCCAUUCAAUGAAUGUGCAGGCAAGGGGUAGGCGAACUGGUAUUUAUGAAAGGAUUCUUUCUACUCUUCGAAAUGGCAUAGUGAUCGGGGAUAAGAGAUUCGACUUUCUUGCCUUUUCAUCGAGCCAGUUAAGGGAAAAUUCAGCCUGGAUGUUUGCUUCGAGAAUGGGGCUCAGUGCAGCUGAUAUAAGGUCAUGGAUGGGAAAUUUUAGUAGAAUAAGAAAUGUCGCAAAAUAUGCUGCUCGACUUGGCCAAUCUUUCAGUUCAUCAACCGAAACUCUUAGUGUUAAUAAAGAUGAAAUCAACCAUAUUCCAGAUAUAGAAGUUGUUACGGAUCAAAAUAAAUUUGUCUUUUCUGACGGAAUUGGGAAAAUAUCAGGUGAAUUUGCUAAGAGGGUGGCUGCUAAAUGCCACUUGAAUGGUACCGUCCCGUCGGCAUUUCAGAUUCGGAUUGGCGGAUUCAAAGGUGUUGUGGCUGUUGACCCCACCUCACCUUGGAAGUUAUCCCUCAGAAAGAGUAUGGAAAAGUAUGAAUCAGAGAGCACAAAACUAGAUGUUUUGACUUGGACUAAGUAUCAGCCUUGUUUCCUCAACCGCCAGUUGAUUACUCUGUUAUCUACUCUCGGGGUUCCAGACUGUGCUUUCGAGAGAAAACAAAGAGAAGUAGUAGAUCAACUCAAUGCCCUUCUGACAGAUCCCUUGAAGGCUCAGGAGGCGCUGGAGUUGAUGUCUCCAGGAGAAAAUACCAACAUUCUCAAGGAAAUGCUCCAAUGUGGUUAUAAGCCUGAUGAAGAACCAUUCCUUUCCAUGAUGUUGCAAACAUUCCGAGCGUCAAAGUUACUGGAGUUGCGGACUAAAACCAGGAUAUUCAUUAAAAAUGGAAGGUCUAUGAUGGGAUGCCUAGACGAAACCAGAACAUUGAAUUAUGGCCAAGUGUUUGUGCAGUUUUCUGGCUCUAGACCCGGGCAACGUUUUCUCGUUCAGGAUAAGGUAGUUGUCGCGAAAAACCCUUGCUUGCACCCUGGCGACGUGCGUGUCUUGAGCGCAAUUGAUGUUCCUGAUCUGUACCAUUUAGUGGAUUGUAUCGUCUUUCCACAGAAAGGAACUAGACCUCAUCCGAAUGAAUGUUCGGGAAGUGAUCUGGAUGGUGAUAUCUACUUUGUCUGUUGGGACACGGAUCUGAUUCCGCCAAAGCAAAUUGAGCCUAUGGAUUACUCACCAGCUCCAAGUGUUACACUGGAUCAUGAAGUAACCAUUGAGGAAGUUGAAGAAUAUUUCACAAACUACAUAGUCAAUGACAGUUUAGGAAUCAUUUCAAAUGCUCAUGUUGCUUUUGCUGAUAGAGAACCUGGCAAAGCGAUGAGCCACUCGUGUCUGGAACUUGCCAAGCUGCAUUCGAUUGCGGUUGACUUUCCGAAAACGGGCGUACCAGCUGAAAUACCACAAGAAUUGAGAGUCAAAGAAUAUCCGGAUUUCAUGGAGAAGCCGGACAAACCAAGUUAUCAAUCACACAGGGUUAUUGGAAAGCUUUUCCGGGAGGUGAAAAGUCUUGCACCUAACGAAUGCUCGAUCAAUUCCUUAACUCAGGACAAAAUGAAGAGGUUUUAUGAUCCCGACAUGGAAGUCGAUGGCUUUGAGGAUUAUAUCGACGAUGCUUUCUUCCACAAAAGUAAUUACGAUUACAAACUGGGGAACUUGAUGGACUAUUAUGGGAUCAAGACCGAGGCCGAAAUCCUCAGUGGCUGUGUCAUGAAAAUGGCGAGAUCUUUCACGAAGAGAAGAGACGCAGAGGCCGUCAAUAUGGCCGUGAGGUCAUUGAAAAAGGAAGCUAGGUCAUGGUUCAAUGAAAAGCGAAGUGGAUCGGAUGAUGAAAUAGACGAUGCAUAUGCAAAAGCCUCGGCUUGGUACUAUGUCACAUACCAUCCAAGUUAUUUUGGUCAGUAUAAUGAGGGAAUGAAUAGGGAUCAUUUUCUGAGCUUUGCUUGGUGUGUUUAUGACAAGCUGAUCCAAACCAAGAAAGAGAUUGCGAGCAUUCGGAGAGCUUUGGAUAUGUCGUCUUUGGAAAGCCGGUUUCGACGUGGAUUGGGUUUGGAUUGAGGUGGUUCGGCAUAUAUUUCUCGUUGUCCGAAGUAUGUAAAUAUGGCUAGUUAAUGUUUCCUAGGUAGUAUGAAUGUUGUCUAACGUAAAUAUCUAGUGGUGUUGAUUAAAAAAGCAUUGUAUGAUAUGCUGCAAAUUAGUUGGUUUGGUGUA